UUCGUACAUCAUUGUCGCCCCGUUUUGAUUUUUGUUAUUGUUUCUGUAUCGCAUGUCUGCUUGAUCUGGUUACCAACAGGCCUUCGUUGCCACUAAUCUAACAAACAAACAACACCCCCUUCGAGGGAGACGAUCGCUGGUCAUGGGUUUCUUCGCCCAGACUUGGACUUUGACCAAGAAGAACAUAUUGAUUGUACUUGGUCGACACUGGUUCACCACAACAAUCAGAGCUUUCCUGGCGCCCAUCAUCUUUUUCUUCAUCAUCUCAUACUGUAAGAACUUCUUUGUACCGCCAUCGGAUUUUGGCGUCGGUUCUCCAUCAACCCUUAGGACAUUCGAGGAAGCUUUGGGUGCAGGAACAACUGGACGCAAGACUGUAGCUUUCGUCACCAACGGCCAGGCACCCAGCGAGGUCACAAAUUUGAUUGACCAACUGUCCAACACUGUCAGAGCGAGCGGGAAGACUCCAGUGACCCUCUCAAGCGAGGUUGAGCUUCUGGAGACAUGCAGGAGUUCUGUACGAGGUGUAUCUGGUUGCUUUGCAGCAUUAAGCUUCCAUGGAUCUCCUAGCAAUGGCGAUGUCUGGAAUUACACCAUUCGAACAGAUGGAUCUCUUGGAGGAAAGGUGUUCGUGAACAACCAGGACAACGACGCAGAGAUCUAUGCUCUUCCCAUUCAGCAUGCAGUGGACGCUCUGAUCGCAUCUGGCGAUGGUACUACUAUUCCCUUGCCUCUGCAAUAUCCUUAUACGGAUGCGACCCCAGAGGAGCGAGAUCGCAAUAUCACGAGGCUGUACAUGCGAACGCUGAUCAAGAUUCUCGGUCUGGCCUACUUCAUCGGCUUUGUUGGUAUUUGCUAUCAAUUAACGGGUCAGAUGGCGACAGAGCGUGAGAUUGGAAUGUCUCAGCUCAUCGAAGCCAUGAUGCCGAAUAAGCGCAGAUGGCAGCCACAAGCCGCUCGUCUGCUUUCUAACCAUCUUGCUUUCGACAUCAUGUAUCUACCAGGCUGGGUCAUAUCGGCUGCAAUCGUCACACGACUCAACUAUCCGUCCUCCAAUACUGGGAUUUUGAUUGGUUACUUCAUUCUAGCUGGACUUGCGCUCAGCUCUUGGGCGAUCGCUUUUGCCAGUCUUUUCCGGAAGGCUCAACUUUCGGGCAUCACUGUGACAAUUGUCAGCAUUGUUUUGGCCAUCAUAAUUCAGGUACAAACGCCUGAAACUACUGGUGCCAUUGUUGUAUUGGCCUUGUUGUUCCCACCGAUGAACUUUACACUGUUCAUCAUAUACAUGGCAUACUGGCAGCGCGAUAACCUUGCUGCCAGGAUAUCGGAAGCACCUCCCGGGGCACCAUGGAAGGUAUCUGGAACCGUCUUCUUUGUGCUCUGCGCCAUACAGAUCGUGGUAUAUCCCCUGAUAGGAGCUUUCCUCGAGAGAGCUUUGUACGGCACUGCAUCAAAGGCCAGAAAUAUGGACCACGCCACAGACAAUGAGACUGCUCGUAUUUCCAAUCUAGUCAAGCACUAUCCUCCCAGCUGGCUCUACCAGAAGCUCUGGUCACGAUUCAGUAAGAACAAGAGAGAAACCGUCUAUGCCGUCAAUGAUAUUAGCUUUACCAUCCGCGCUGGUGAAAUUCAUGUGCUCCUAGGUGCUAACGGUAGUGGUAAGUCCACUACCAUGGACAUGCUGGCAGGCCUCCAAUCACCCACGUCUGGAACGAUAGAUAUCAACAGCUCUGGUGGUGUCGGUAUCUGUCCACAGAAGAAUGUCCUUUGGGACAAACUUACCUGUGAGGAGCAUGUCUACUAUUUCAAUCAGCUCAAGGCACAAGGCCAAAAGGACCAAACUGCAGAUCACCGAGAUCUGCUCUCCAAAUGCGAUCUCUCUCACAAGGUGUCAGCUCGUUCUGAGACGUUGUCUGGUGGACAAAAGCGCAAACUCCAACUGGCCAUGAUGCUUACUGGUGGUAGCAACCUGUGUUUAAUUGACGAAGUCAGUUCGGGCAUUGAUCCUCUCAGUCGAAGAAAGGUCUGGGAUAUUCUUCUGGCCGAGAGAGGCCACCGAGCCAUGCUCUUCACCACUCAUUUCCUCGACGAAGGAGAUUUGCUUUCGGAUCAAAUCACCAUUUUGUCCAAAGGUACACUGGCUGCAACUGGCACGGCUGUUGCUCUGAAGCAUGAACUUGGUGGCGGCUACCGUGUCAAGAUCUACUCCGAACAUCAGUUCACCGAACCUAAGGACUGGACUUCGAUACCCCGCCGCAAUCACGCCGAUCACGUGGUGUACAAUCUCCCUGAUUCUAGUGCGGCAGCUGCGUUUGUCACACGUCUGGAACAACUUGGUGUCACUGACUACAGAGUCAGCGGACCCAGCAUCGAGGAUGUCUUCCUUAAAUUGUCCGCGGAGUUCAACAACGAUCAUACACUCAGUGACGACGCCACGCCACUGACCAAUGUGUCCUCUCUCCAGUCGGAGAAAGGCCUCGAACUAGCCAAAGGAAGAAGAAUCUCGCUUGGUGCGCAAACAUGGGUUUUACUCCGAAAACGUGUCACCAUCUUACGUCGCAACUACAUGCCAUAUCUGGCCGCUGUGUUGAUCCCAAUCAUUGCUGGAGGUCUUGUAACUCUGUUCCUGCAAGGUUUCAGAGCCUUGAGCUGUUCUCCUGGCGACUCAAGCUCGAGUGAGGAUAUAAUCUCUUUCGCUAGCCUCGACGAUGUCCUAGAUUUCCCUGUUGGACCAGCGUCGCAAAUCCCAACCCAGCUUCUCGGCAAUUUGUACGCUGGUCUUAGUGAUGCUAUUGCACCUGUCACUAGCGUUGCCGCGUUCAAUGAGUAUGUGCAAACAAACUAUAGUCGUGUCUUUCCAGGAGGCUACUUCCUCGACGCACAGGGCGGCACCCCUCUAUUUGCUUGGAGGGGUAAUUAUGAGCUCGAGUACGCGAUCUUGACUCAGAACAUCCUGGACAGUAGUCUUCUUGGAACUCCUAUCGUCACGACCUACCAAGCUUUCCAAAAGCCAUGGGCUCCAACAGCUGGAGAUACGCUCCAGUUCAUUCUCUACUUCGGUCUGGCCAUGUCUGCUUAUCCUGGGUUCUUCGCCCUCUACCCAACUAGUGAGCGUGUGAACAAAGUAAGAGCGCUGCACUACUCGAACGGUAUCAGAGCAUUCCCCCUCUGGCUUGCAUAUACCAUCUUCGAUUUCGCCUUCGUAUUGAUCGUCAGCAUAGUCACGAUUGUAAUCUUUGUUGGUGUCUCUAGCGCUCUCUACGCCCCGGGAACGCUCUUUGUCGUCUUCUUCUUGUACGGACUGGCUGCUCUACUCUGCAGUUAUGUCAUCUCCCUUUUCGUCACCAGUCAACUGGCUUCGUUUGCGUUCGCUGCGGGUAUGCAGUGUUGUUUCUUCUUGAUUUACUUCAUCUCUUACAUGGCAAUUAUCACCUACGCCCCUACAGAGAAGAUCGAUUCAUGGGUCAACAUCGCACACUUCACGAUCGGUCUUAUCACACCUUCUGGAAAUCUGUUACGCUCGCUGCUCCUUACAUUCAACGAAUUCUCACUUCUCUGCCACGGUAACGAAAGAGCUUCCUAUGCCGGAGAUAUCACAGUCUACGGUGGUCCCAUUCUUUACCUGGUGCUUCAGUCUCUGCUCCUUCUUGCCUUCCUUGUCUACUAUGACAGUGGAUAUAGGCCUGCGUUCCUCAGCAGGAAAACCCGCUCCCAGGAUGCAGAGGAGAGUGAAUAUCCAGACGAGGACGUGUAUCACGAGGCAGUCCGAGUCAAUGACUGUAAGGACGAGUUGCGCGUCUCACACAUCAGCAAGUCUUAUGGCGAUAACCUUGCUGUUGAUCGCGUGGCAUUUGGUGUCCCUCGAGGUGAAAUCUUUGCGCUACUUGGACCGAACGGCGCUGGUAAAAGUUCUACCAUUUCUAUGAUCAGAGGCGACGUUCAUCCAAGUGGUGGAGAUGUCUUCCUUGAGAAUGAGUCUAUUGUGACUCAGCGUGCUUCGGCGCGUUUACAUCAAGGUGUAUGCCCGCAGUUCGAUGCCAUGGAUGCGAUGACAGCUUCAGAGCAUCUCUACUUCUACGCGAGAGCUCGCGGUGUCGCCGACAUCCAGCACAAUGUCGAUCAAGUAAUGAAUGCUGUCGGCCUCAGUGCUUUCAGCAGUCGCAUGGCAUCCAAACUUUCUGGUGGUAAUAAGCGCAAGCUUAGUCUUGGUAUUGCGCUGAUCGGUAACCCAUCAGUACUGCUUGUUGACGAAGGCAGUUCCGGAAUGGAUGCUGGUGCGAAGAGAAUCAUGUGGAGGACGUUGGCAGCUGUAAGCUCCGGUCGCAGUCUUGUCUUGACCACUCACAGCUUGGAAGAGGCGGACGCCCUUGGUGAUCGUGUCGGCAUCAUGGCCAGGCGUAUGCUUGCAGUUGGUACCAGUGACUCGCUGCGUCGUAAGCACGGUGACGCCUACUACGUCCAUCUUGUUCACAAGGACGCACCCCAUACAUCCGAUGCCAAGCUUGCUGAAAUCAAGAACUGGAUUGCGAUCAACUUUCCUUCCGCAAGCAUCGAAGACCGCUCGUUCCAUGGCCAGAUUCGCUUCGAAGUACCGAACCAGCCAGGAUCGAUCAACGACGACUCCAGUAGUUCUGUUGACGACAAGAAGGGUCUCGAGGCUACUAUCGUCCCCGCCGAACGCAACGGUAUUAGUUCGCUCUUCGAAAAGCUGGAGGCAAGCAAAGAGGAGCUAGGUAUGGAGUUUUACGCUGUUUCGCAAGCUACUCUGGACCAGGUCUUCCUCAAUAUUGUCGGUAAGCACAAUGUACAAGAAGAAGAUUACCAGAAGGCCAGAAUGGCAACAGGAGCCUGGGGAAAGACGAAACAUUGGUUGCAGAAGGUCGCGCACGAUGCUUGAGAAUGUACAUAUGAACUACCGAGCUAUACAACCCAUUUAUUAAUAUACUGAAAUUUCUUGCAC